CCCCUUUAACUGGCAUUCCUCACUGGAGAUAGUAAUAUUAUUCUUAUACUUCCUCGUUAUCAUAUCUAAUUAUUCAAUGGUCUGAUAGUAUGUGCACCUAUAUAUUCACGUCAAGGUUAUUUAUCGUUCCUGCCUCGUUUAUAUCAUACAAAGGCAAUCACACUUGUUUGAUAAUUACGAGACUUCUAGUUUUUCUAGCCUGAUAUUGAGAUUGAAAAGGAGCAGUAAUUAUGAGCGGGGUUUUAUCGGAUUUGAAUGCCAAACAGGCCGAUGCUCUUAAUGCGAUGAGAUCAAAUCUUCACGAUGUCUUACAAGAAGAUCAUGAUGAUCACUGCUUGUUACGAUUCUUAAGAGCACGCCGAUUCAACGUAAAGAAGGCUGAGGAAAGUUUUAGACGGAAUCUGGAGUGGCGAAUAAAGAACAAAAUCGAUUCCAUUCAUGAUUGGUAUGAAAUACCUGAGGCUUGCUUGAAGUAUUGGCCAGGAGGAGCUACCGGAUUGGAUAAAGAAGGUCACGUGGUGUGGAUAAGCCCUCUUGGUAACGUCGAUCCCAAAGGACUGCUCUACUCGGUAAAAGCUGGAGACAUCAUCAAAACAAAUAUCAGCAUCUUGGAGAGAUUACAAAAUGAACAGAAAGUCAUUUCUAGAAAGCUUGGUCGUCACAUUGAAGGUGUCACAUUCAUCGUAGAUCUUGAACACCUGAAUGCAGGCCACAUAUGGAAACCAGGAAUGACAGUAAUGACAGAGGCCGCUGCGUUGUUUGAUGAACAUUAUCCAGAGAUCAUUCAUAAAAUGCUGAUAGUCCGACCGACUAAGAUAUUUCCUGCAGUCUAUUUCAUCCUGAAACCAUUCCUCAGUGAAGAAACAAGAGCAAAGAUUAAAGUACUAGGAGGUAACUGGCGUGAUGUCAUCCUGAAACACAUAGAUCCAGAAGUACUUCCGGUUUACUGGGGAGGAACCAUGACAGAUACUGAUGGCAAUCCUAACAUGUGUCCUUCAAAGAUUAAUCUUGGAGGUAAAGUUCCAUCGUUUUAUUUCAAGAAGGGAAGUGAUCUGACACAUUCUGAUAUGACAUCUCAACAGCUUCCGGGUAAGAGGUCAAUAGAGGUCAAGUACAAGGUCAAGACACUUGGCAGCAUAUUCAGAUAUGAAUUCAAAACGGAAUCUCACGAUAUCGCAUUUGGGAUUCAUCGGUUGUUGGAUUCAGGGGAAAAGAUCUCCAUACUUGAUGAGAAACGAUAUAACAGUCACAUCGUGCCUGAAGAUGGAGAGGUACUAUUUGAAGAACCAGGAUUGUAUGUGGUGAAAUUCGACAAUCACGGCAGUACCUUCCAGAGGACCCGAAAGCUCAGCUAUUGGAUGGAGGUGAUUGAACCACGUCUUGAGGUCAAUGAAUACAAGUCAUGAUGAGAGAAUCAUUUGACGACAUCACAAGAGACAGUGGCUACCUCGACGAUAGAGGUCCGAUGUCGAGACAUAGGUCGACGUCAUUAGAACGAUCAUCGACCUUAUACCUCGUCUUCAAACCCAUGCUCAAGGACCAAUGAAAGGGCUGUCGCAUCAACCAUCUUUCUCUUAAAUUAAAAACUGUGAAAAAUAAAGGUGUUGAGAAUGGUCCAGUAGCGUAUCUUAUAAACUUCGCAGACCCUUUUUGGAACGUUGAGGAGUAUUGAAAAUGCCCGUCAAAUCACAAUGGACAGAUUAGAGGUCAUUGUCGAAAGUUGGUGGACCGGGAAAGCACAUCGUCUUUGAUUCGGACCGGACUAACAAUUGCAAAUAUGUCGUUUGUCCAGACUCCAGGACGACAUUGCUGUUUUGAUUCACCGAUCUUCAACAAAGGCUACUCUUUAGGGCUUUUGACAAGAAAUUAUCAGCGUUAUAGAAAGCAUGUGCAAUUAAAGGGAUUGCUAAAAUGCCCUAGCGUUUGGCUAGAGCAUGGACCUACUAUACCGAUUGGUAAUACAAUACCUUAAAGAUGUAGAACA